AUUGGUUGUUUGCUGCAAGUGAGGAUAUAUUUAAUUAGUUAAUUGUGAAAAUAGGUUGACAAUGUCUACUCGAAAGUAUAAGAGUGGAAGCGAAAAACGAAAGCGAAAGAAGGAGUCUGAAGAACAAAAUAAAAAGUUACCUAAAAUAAGUCAGUACUUUAAUAAUCAAGAUAGUAUACAAGAAGAAUCAAAUGAACAGCGCGACGGAAAGGCAGAAAAUGAUGACAUAAGUGGCAAUAUCGCAGGGCCCGAUAACAGUGAAUAUUUAGAUUCAGAGCAACCACAACCAGGUACGAGUAAAUCUUUAAAUGAAUCAUGUUUGAACAUAGAAAAAUUAAAAUCUUUACCGCAUGUUACUGCUAAAGAUAACUUUAAAGAACUCAAUGAUCAUGUAAAACGGUUUGUGAUCGAAAACGGACACUGUAAACCAAAAGGCCCCUUUUUAAGGGAUAGUAAUAAUAGAUCUUUCUUAGAUAAAUAUUAUUACACUGUUUCUAAAUCUGGCGUAAAGUUAGAACGUACAUGGCUGUCCUAUUCUCUAUUGCAUCAAAAAGCAUAUUGUGAACCAUGUUGGUUAUUCGCAAAUAGGGCAUCUAAAAAUAUACAAAAUAUUUGGAUGGAAGGCUAUGAUGAUUGGAAACAUAUUGUGGAAGCCAUAGAAAGACAUGAGACAUCGAAAGAACAUUUGCACUCAUGUUUUGUACAUCGACAGUGGCAGUUACAUUGAACACUAGAUGAAGAGCAAGAGUCCAUUAUCAAGAGAGAAAAAUUUUUUUGGCGCCAGGUACUCACUAGACUCCUUGAUGUUACUCUGACACUUUCAACCUGUAAUUUAGCUUUUCGUGGCCAUAAAGAAACGGUAUAUGGCAAUGAUUCUGGUCCAAAAGGAAAUUUUUUGAGUAUUGUUGAGUUAUUAGCCAAAUACGAUCCUAUUUUACAAGAGUUGCUAAGCAAACCUAAGGGCCAGAUUAAAUACUUAAGUCCAAAAAUACAAAAUGAGCUCAUUGCUGUUCUGGUUCAAAAAGUGGGAAAUGCUCUGGUAAAUGAAAUAGGCACCGCACCGUUUUAUUCCAUUUUGUUUGAUACUACUCAAGAUAUUUCCAAAACAGAUCAAUUGUGUGAACUUUACCGUUCCUGUGUAAUCGAGAAAGAUGAAAAUGGAACCCCAAAGGCGCUCGUAAUUAAAGUCAUUUUUAGGAUUUCAUGAGGUUAAGGAUCAAACUGCCUUAGCAAUGUCCAAGCAGAUAAUAAAAUCCAUAAAUGACAAAAGUAUUUCUCUGAAUAAGUGCCGUGGACAAGGGUACGAUGGAGCUAAUACCAUGAAAGGUACUUAUGGCGGAGUUCAAAAACUCAUAAGAGAUAUAGAGCCAAAUGCAGUGUAUGUCCAUUGUGCUGCUCAUAAUUUAAACUUGGUAGUAAAUGAUGCAGUAAAAGAGGUCAUAGAAAUACAAACAUUAUUCGAAACUGUGCAACAAAUUUAUAAUUUUUUUGGCCAUAGUAUUAGACGAUGGAAUAUAUUAUCUAGUUUUAUAUCUGACAACAAAAAAGGAGAAACCGUUGUAUCAUCAAAUUCAGUAACAUUAAAAACAAUGAAUCCAACUAGAUGGGCAGGACGCUUUGAUGCCAUGUUUGCUUUAAAGGUUCGAUUUGUUGAUGUUCAAAAAGCGCUAACAAAAAGCAUUUUAUCAAAUUUCGAAUCAGAUGAGAGAAAUGAAGCUAUCUUGCUAAAGAAGAAGGUAGAGAACUACAAUUUUAUUAUGUUGCUGGUUUUCCAUUGCAAAGUCUUACAAACCAUAGACGCGGCUUCUAAAGCACUUCAAUCUAAAGCCAUCGAUCUUUCAAAUGCUUCAAAGCGUUUGCGAGUCUGUCUAGAAGAACUUUAAAAGUAUCGACAUGAAUUUGAAGAUUUAAAAACGGAAGCAAAUAGUAUUGCAGUUAAAUGGUCUAUAAACCCUGAAUUUCCUAAAACUCGUCAGAGAAAAGUGAAACGUCAUUUUGAUGAAAUUUGUGAGGAUGAACGUCUCCAAGAUCCUGAAAGUUUGUUUAAAGUGAACGUAUUCUAUCGUGUAUUAGACAUCAUCAUUAAUCAACUUAGAUCGCGUUUCCUAGGAAUGAAUGAAAUUGUUUCCAAUUUUAGUGUCUUGCAGCCUGCCACUUUGCAAAACUUGAUACUGAUACUUGAUACUGAUUUAUUGGAAAAGGCUUUAGCAUUUGUCUAUUUAUAUAAAAAAGAUAUAUCUAUGUCGUUUUCCAAAGAAAUUCUCCGUUUUCGAUCCUCUUUUAAACACGAAAUAGAAAGGUCAUCUUCUAUAAGAGAGCUUGCUGACUUAUUAAUAAUAAAGAACC